AUGAUGAAACUUCUACUGGGCAUCGCUGUGCUGUUCCUCGCAGCUCAGCUGUCAGAAUCCGCCUGCUUCGUACAGACACAGAGCACAAUAGCUCCGGGCGAAUGCGAGGAUUGCAACGUCUGUAUUGAUGAGACCGACGGGUCGGUGCACGAAGUGGGAGAAUCCUGGAACGCAACAAAUUGCAUGGUGUGCUCGUGUAGAAUUGGAAGCUACGGAUGCUGUGAUCGGGCUUUCAAACCAAUUUCGUUCCGUGAAGAUUGUGUUGCAGUUUUGGAUCAUGAAACUUGCGUCUAUCGAGUCCACUUGAAGGACGACCCAUCUAUCGAAUGUCCCACGUACGGAAGUGUUGGGAAAUGA